AUGAAAUUGAAUGUUGAUGGUGGUGCUUGUGAUAAUCUGAAAGAGUCAAGUGGUGGAGGUAUUAUUCGAGAUUCCAAUGAUAGUGUUAUAGCAGGCUUUGCGCACCCCUAUGGCUAUGCAACUAAUACUAUAGCAGAAUUUAAAGCAUUACUUGAUGGCCUUUGGCUAUUCGAAAGAUUGAGAUUGCGGGAUGUUUUAGUGGAAUCGGAUUCAUUGGCUGUCAUGAAUUGGCUUGCAUCAAGAAUUUGUCGACUUUGGUUUCUUUGGGAUUUUUGGGAGGAGAUCAAAGAGCUUGCUCAUGAGAUCAACACUCGUUUUAGGCACAUUUUUUACGAAGCAAAUAUGGUAGCGAAUUUGUUUGGCGAAAGAAGGUUCUCAUGGAAUUUAUUCAAAGUUUGA